AUGCCGCCCAGCAAUGAUGACUUGCGCAGCUGGGCGGCACUGGACGGCAAGCGGCUGAUGAACGUCCUGUCGUAUCGCGCUACAGUGGAGGAGGGGAAUCUUUCUGCUAAGCGAGUAAAGAGCCUACAGAAUGGGAAAGCAAGCACCGGUUUGUCCCCUGUACACAUCUGCACCGCAUUCCACCGCAUUGCGAAGCACGCCAAGCGCAUGGGCAGCGGCCGGCGUCUCGUGGACCAGCUCAAAGAGGACGAAACGGUCCGGUGGCUCGGGCGGCAGGUGGAGGUGCUGGCAAAGGGCGGCAGACUGAAGGGUCAAGCCUUGGCCAACGUGGCAUGGGCACAAGCAGAGCUGGGGCACGGCCCACCAUCCCUCCUCAACACCAUCAUGGCAGCGGUAUCAGCAGCACAGCACGGCCCACCAUCCCUGCUCAACACCGUCAUGGCAGCGUCUCUUGCUCUGAUCAAAUCCUUCCAGCCACUGGAAGUUGCAAUACUGAUGCACGCCCUUGGCUCCACCGCCGGCCUGCCAGCUGUCAACGCCAGCUUGUCGCGGGACCUGCUUGGGCGGCUGACGUGGGAGCACGUGAUUGGCUCUCUCCACUGCUACCAACCACGCCACGUCAAGGAGAUCCUCUGGGCACACGCGCGGGUGGGGCUGCAUUCGCACCUGCUCUUCUGCGAGGCGGCAAAGCUUGUCUUAUCUGACAUGAGCAGCUACAGUGCACCGCAGCUCGCCAUCAUCGCAUGGUCAUUCGCCAAGCUCCACCACUCACACGACCCUCUCUUCCGCGUGCUGGCUGCCUGGGCUGAGCGCAACGCGCCAGAGUUUGCAUCCCAAGACAUUUCCAACAUGCUCUGGGCAUUUGCCCGUCUCAACAUGAGCGCUCCAAACCUCUUUGCACUCUUUGUGUCACGGGUGAUCAACUCGAUACAAGAACACUCCACACAGUCACUCUCCAACAUCGCAUGGGCCUAUGCCACAGCAGGGCAUCGCAGCCAGCAGCUGGUAGAGGCAGUGGGGGAGGAGAGCACGCGGCGGAUCGUGGGCGGCAAACUCGAGAGGGAGGCUGUAUCUGGGCAGGCGGUUGCCAACAUUGCAUGCACAACCCUUUUCUCCACUCUGAGCGUUCUAAUUCAUUCACAACCCUGUCAACCUCCCAUUUCACCUCCGCCCACCCCUUGGCUUACUUUCCUGCAUCUCCUCCCGCUCCUCUGUCUCCCUCUCCUCCCUCUCCUCCCUCUCCUCCCUCUGUUCCUCUCAACCCUUGCUUUACCCAUCAACUCAACAUUCUGCUCCUUCUCUCUUCUCCCUCUUCCUCCCCACACCCUUCCUCCUUCCCCUGUCUCUCCCUCAGGGCAUUAG